AAAACCAAAGAAGAGGUGGCGGCACACCUGCGAGUUGUUCACAGAACACCAGUGUUCCGCAGGACAUAGGGUAAGAAACACCGGUCUAGAUAAACUGACUCUCACGGCUUGUUGAAAAACCAUGUUCAGAGUAGUUCUCGGUGGUUUGGUGUCACACUUGGAGGAUGUAUCCAGUGGGGUCACGUAGGCGUCUCCAGUCUCUUGUCUGGUACUAGUCAAUGUUUUCAUGAAUGACUUGGGUAACAGAAGGGAACAUGUGCUUAUAAAAUUUCAGAUGGCACCAAGCUGUCAGCAGUUACAAGAGCUUUGGAGGACAGGAGUAGAAUUCAAAUGGAAGAACUUGUCUGAAGUGAACAAGAUGAAAUCCAGGAAAGAGAAGAGCAGAGUACUUCACUGAAGAAGGAAAAAUGAAACACACAGCUGGGGAAUGAUGGAGGCAGUAGCACUGUGGGAAAGGAUUUGAGGGUUAUAGCGGCUCACAAAUUGAAUAUGCUGUGGUUGCAAAAAAAGACGAAUGUAGUUCUGGGGUGGAAUAACAGGAGUCUUGUAUGUAACUGUCCUGCUCUGUUUGUUGCUGGUAAGGCCUCAACUGGAGUAUUUUGUCCAGUUUGGGGGCCCCGCUCUUCAGUAAAGAUGUUGAUAAAUUGGGGAGAAUCUAGAGGAGAACAAAAAAAUAAGGGUUAGAAAACUGGACUGAAGGAAUUGGGUGAAGACGAGCUUUCUGUUGAAAACUGGUAUCAGGGUCUUGCAUCUGUACAGUAGAAAGAUGGCCUUCUGUUUUCAUUGGCCGUGUGCUCAGUCUGUAGUGGUUCAUAGCUCUAAUCGAUGCAGAAUCUAGGCAAGGGUUUCUGACUCUUUCAUGGAAACCGAGCUUAUGAUUAAGGGAAGGCCCAUGGUUCCAUUUCAGAUUCAGAAAACUGAAUGGCACCUGUCUGUGCUCCCAGUGAAUGAUAUUUAAUUGCCCUGAGAGAAGCAAAAAACAAAACUCUCUCUGCCAAUAAAAGCUAGGGGGGAAAUCCACCCAAUUCCAACUGUGAUGUAAAUGAAAUGAGCAAGGAUAGUCAAAAUGAUGGAUCUGUUAACUGCAAAAAUUGCCUGGGUGCACAUUUGAGAUGACACACAAGGAAUCCAAAACUGAAAGUUCUCAGGUUUUGUGUUUAACUCUUACCCACCUGUGUCCUGAACUAGCUCUCUGUUUGCAUACUGAGUUACAGGUGGAUACUGAAACAAGUGCACCAGAAACGUUCUGCUGCAUGUGCGCAGUUCACAGGUUUGAAAUAUUUACGAGUCAUUCGGCCUACUUCUGUCUUCGCCUUGGGAGUCUCGCGCAGUAUUGAUUCCAUCUUUCCUCCUUCCUGUUGGACAGCUGUGUACUAGGCUAUUUCCCCACGUGUAUCGAGCACAUCUUUCCAAGCUGUAAAUCACUUCUGUUCUCUAGGUCACUCUGUAUUUCUGCCCUUCCUGAUAUUAAUGACUCCUCUCCAUCUAGUAUUGCUCCUGAAAUUCAGCAUGCUCACUGCAACAUUUUCUAGUUCAUUAAUAAAGCUGUUCAUGGCAGACAGUUGCUGAUCCAUGGGACGUAGUCAUCACUACAAUUCCUGGCACGUGGACAGGAGCAUGAAGGGGAGUUACCUUUGUGCCUCCUGUAAGAUCAUCUCUGUGCUGGUGUGUGUGCGCGUGUGCAUCUGGAGACGGACGCUCCCUCCCACAGACAUGCACUGGUUUGAGCCGUUCAGGUUGUGCACCUUGACUUUAAAGAAACUGGUUGUCUUAAAGGAACUGGACAAAGAACUCAUUUCUGUGGUCAUUGCCGUCAAAAUGCAGGGCUCGAAGCGUAUACUGCGGUCGCAUGAAAUUGUGCUGCCACCAAGCGGACACGUGGAAACCGAACUUGCACUAACUUUUUCACUACAGUACCCUCACUUCUUGAAAAGAGAAGGCAACAAGCUUCAGGUCAUGCUGCAAAGGAGGAAACGCUACAAAAAUCGAACCAUUCUGGGCUACAAGACCUUGGCAGUGGGCUCCAUCAACAUGGCUGAGGUGAUGCAGCACCCGACUGAAGGGGGCCAGGUGCUGAGCCUGUUCAGCAACAUCAAGGAAGCUGCAGCCAAAGUAGCAGAGAUCUGGAUUUUCUCACUGUCCAGUCAGCCCACAGACCACGAUGACAGCACCGUGCAGCCCAGCCAGAAGAUCAAGUCCACAGAUAACUAUUCCGAAGAGGAGUACGAGAGCUUCUCUUCUGAGCAGGAAGCCAGUGAUGAUGCUGUCCAGGGACAGGAUUUGGACGACGAUGAAUAUGAGCUGGGGAAGCCCAAGAAGCAGCGGAGAUCGAUAGUAAGAACGACGUCCAUAACCAGGCAACAGAACUUCAAGCAGAAAGUGGUGGCCUUGCUGAGACGGUUUAAAGUGUCUGACGAGGUUCUGGAUUCAGAGCAGGACCCAGCGGAGCACGUGCCAGAAGUGGAGGAAGACUUGGACCUCCUCUACGACACGCUGGAUAUAGAGAACCCCAGCGACAGCGGCCCUGAGAUGGAAGAUGACGACAGUGUCCUGAGCACUCCUAAACCAAAGCUGAAACCGUAUUUUGAAGGCCUGUCCCACUCCAGCUCCCAGACGGAAAUCGGUAGCAUCCACAGCGCCCGGAGCCAGAGAGAGCCCUCGAGCCCCGUAGAAGUGCCUGAAAAGACCAAGAGCCUUGGAAGCAAACCCCCAGCGGACAGUCUCUCGGACACCGUGUCCUACGAGCCUAGCCAGCAGGAUGCCCAGGAAGCAGAGCUCUCCACGCUGGACGUGUUCAUCGAGAAGCUCCCACCCAGCGGGAAAAUCACCAAGACGGAGUCUCUCAUUAUUCCAUCCCCCAGCAGGCCGGAGGGGAAGCAAGCCGGCCGCCGGGGGAGAAGCACGUCACUGAAGGAAAGGCAGCCGGCACGGCCGCAGAAUGAGCGAGCAAACAGCCUGGACAACGAGCGCUCUCCGGACACCAGGCACCACCUACAGAUCCCAAGGAAAACCGUGUACGAUCAGUUGAAUCACAUCCUGAUUUCUGAUGAUCAUCUCCCAGAAAAUAUUAUUCUUGUUAACACUUCGGACUGGCAAGGCCAGUUUCUCUCAGAUGUUCUGCAAAAGCACACCUUCCCCGUGGUCUGCACGUGCUCCUCGGCAGACGUGCAGGCGGCUUUCAGCACGAUUGUCUCCAGGAUUCAGCGAUACUGUAACUGCAAUUCUCAGCCUCCAAACCCCAUUAAAAUUGCAGUGGCCGGAGCGCAGAAUUACCUCAGUGCUGUGUUGCGGCUCUUUGUAGAACAGCUGUCUCACAAAACCCCAGACUGGCUCAGCUACAUGAGAUUUUUGAUCAUCCCACUAGGUUCUCACCCCGUGGCGAAGUAUCUAGGCUCUGUAGAUCACAGGUACAACAACUUCUUCCAAGACUUAACCUGGAGAGAUUUGUUUAAUAAACUUGAAGCACAGCCCACUGUUCAGGAAACACCAGAUAUUGUCUCCAGAAUAACCCAGUAUAUAGCCGGGGCAAACUGUGCACACCAGUUGCCUAUUGCAGAAGCAAUGUUGACGUACAAACAGAAAAGCCCUGAUGAAGAAUCGUCCCAGAAGUUCAUUCCCUUUGUUGGGGUGGUCAAGGUGGGGAUAGUGGAACAGUCCUCAGCAACAUCAGGUGAUUCCGAUGAUGCGGCUCCCUCUAGUUCCAGUGUCCUUUCCUCUACCCCGCCUUCUGUGUCUCCUGCUGUGAAGGAUGCUUCCCCCACCCCGCCUUCCUCACCGUCUGUUACAGGCAGCUUCUCUUCCUCCAGCCAAAGCCUUGGUGCUGAGCUGAUGGGCCUGCAGCUGGAUUACUGGAUUGCAGCUCAGCCCAUGGAGAAGAAGAAAGACCCGGAGAAGAAGGAUCCUUCUGCUGCCAAAAAUACACUCAAAUGCACUUUCCGGUCUCUCCAGGUCAGCAGGUUACCCACGUGUGGGGAGACCACCAGCACUCCAACCAUGUCAAUGACCGUCGUGACAAAGGAGAAGAACAAAAAGGUGAUGUUUUUGCCCAAGAAAACGAAAGACAAGGAGGUCGAGUCGAAGAGUCAGUGCAUUGAAGGAAUCAGUCGAUUGAUUUGCACAGCGAAACAUCAGCAGAAUAUGCUGCGGGUCCUGAUCGACGGCGUGGAGUGGCAUGAUGUGAAGUUCUUCCAGCUGGCAGCACAGUGGUCCUCUCACGUCAAGCACUUUCCCAUCUGCACAUUCGGACACUCCAAGCCCAACUUCUAGCUGCUUUCCAGGGGCGGUUCUGUCCGCCCGGAGCCAGCCAGGAAUCUGAGUGCCAACUCCGCUCGAGUCUGCCUGCUCCUGCACACGACUUACAGAUGCGACUGGAUUGCUUCACAAUUACUUUUUUCUAUUAAUUCUUAAGUUUACUCCAAGGGAAGGAAGCCCCUUGACAAAGCAAAGAACAGUCUUAAUUAUAGAUGUGCCAAUAACAUGGCAACUAACAGGAGGCCCUCCAGACGUGGGGUGGCCUGCCCGAGGACUUGGCAGCGGAUAGCUGGAUAACUGCACUGCUUACUAACCCCAGCCCUCCGGGGGAGAGAGGGUCCUGGGCUGGGCUCGAGUGGGUUUUGUGGGAGAGCGGGAGGUGCUUUAAGAAGUUUAACUCUCCCCCUUUCGGUCCCUGACCUCAUGCAAAGAAGGCAGAGCCUGGUCCAAGAAUGUGAAAAUAUUGCGCUGUCUGCCAAAACCCAAGCUAAUAGCUGCGGAAGACGCCAGGGAUUCGCCGCAGGUGCAGGGUCGCCAGAGGGCUGCUGUUCUAAGGCCAGGGACUGAAAUGGGCAGCUGUGGGCCUGGCUCGGUGGGGGCAGAGACAAAUAGCAAGUAUGAAAUGUCGGUCUGAGGAACCGCAUUGCUCUAAGCCACCCCCAGCAGCCGAAUCCGGCUGUGAAGGACGCUGGCUUGGUAGGGUUGCUGCUUGCCCGGCCUCUCCAGAGGAUGGGUUUUUACAGGUGCAGAUUCUUUUAAUGCUUUUAAAGAAGAUUGAGGUUGCUAAGAGACGGCAGGACGGCCGAGCUGCUGUCUGUGGGUCGAGCAUUAGAGUACUGGCUAGUUCCUGUGCCCUGAGCCUCACUUGGGCAGCUCCAGUCCCAGCCACCCAGCAGAAGCACACACGUGACCGCACGUCCGACAUGGUGCCUGCAUACCUCACCCCAAAGGUGCCCACUCCUCUCGGCAGUGUGCGCCACGCUGCUGCAGAGCCAGGCCAAGCCCUCCCCAGGCUGUGGGGCGGGACAGCCAGCAUAGCUCUCCAGCAAGCCAUGGGACUGACCUAACUGGAUUUCAGCCACUUGUCUGGGGUCCCUCCUGCCACGGGAGCUGCUGCUGCCCUUCCCCUGGCUUGCGGCUGUGCAGCAAAGCCCGCUGGGAGAGCAGGGGCUUGUCAGGGCUGCCACAUGCCUGGGCUGUCCCCUGUGAGUUCUCGCUAGUCGAGCUCCUGGACCGCAGCUGUGUAGGACAGCACUCCGUCGGCUGUGUGGGCCACGGGCCGGCUUCAGCCCCACCCUGCCACAACAGGGGUGCAGGACUCACGCAGAGCCCGCUAUUGCCAUCUCCGCCAGGUUGGCAGCUGCUCCGGCGGGCUACGGGUGCACAGCGCAGCCAGCCAGGGACUGAAACGCGCUCGCCCGCCCCGCUCACUGCAGCAGCGCAGGAAGCUGCCCAGCCCUGGAGCACCAACGGCUGCUCUGAUUGACUUUCAGUAGCUCUCCAGGCUGGCUCAGCGCGAGGGGACCUCUGGAGCUGGAGGGGCUCGGUGGGGGCAGGUAAUUGGGUAAUCGAAGAGUCGAUACAAUCUCGAUCAGCUACACGGUUGGUCGGGAAGGGAAGGAGUGAGCUGUUGAAAUGGGCGCACAGGCAGCCUGGCUCCUACGACAUUUCAACGGCAGCGCUGCAGCGGGGGGGCCCUGGACCCAGCGCAAGCUGGAACUGAGACGGGCUUGCUCAGUCCUGCUCGUGCUGGGUCCAGCAGCCCCAGGGGCUCCCUGUGGACAGGCUGCUGCUGGAGCAGCCUCCCCACGCUGUAGGGAGGGGGCGGAGUGGCACUCUGGAGAUGGUGUUGGGGGAACCAGUUUUAAGCCAGCUCCCCCCAGCACUAGUUCCUGCUCCCCCCGCUUGCUACCUCUGAUACAGAGGCAGCGGGGGGGAGGGGGAGGAGCAAGUAAAUGACAUGACUACUGCUAAGCCUAGGCUUCUCGGGCACGUGACUGACCCACUACGUUUUUACACCCCCGCUUAGAGCUACUUUCCUUCCCUGCUGUAGGACAGAGCCGUGCACUGCUCUGCCGAACAGCAGGAACACCGCAGCUUUCCCCUGGGUUCGCUCCCUGGGGCGGGGCGGGGCGGAGCUUUCCAUCGCGGGCACACGGCACACAACGCGCUGGAGGGAAUUCCCAGGAAUCCUCCCCCAACAGCAGAGCCCCGCAGCCUGCUCCUCCCGGGCCCCCUGGCAACACCGCUCCGGGGAGAAGCCUCCAGCCAGGAUUGCCAGCCCCGGCUUUGUUGCUUUGCAAAGGAGCCAUCCCUCCAUCCUUGCGGCGGGCAGGGUGCAGCUGCGUGAGGGAGGCUUCUGGGGGUCCCAGUCUCAUGGGCAGGUUGCGCUGCUCGGGCCCGUGGUCAGGGGCAUACACCCCACGUGGCUCCUUCCCCUGCCCCCUCCAAGGCAGUUUCAGCCCCAGCAUUUUGGGACAGGGACUGAAGGAAGAUAUGCAAGGGGCAGGGAGCCGGUUCUGCCUCCCACAUGGGUCACUCUGGAAAGGCGCGUCCUGCCGGAGGGGCUCCGGUAGACAGACCCUUUCUAGUGCAAUUACAGCCAUGGCCAGGAACCAGCUCGCCGCCCUCUGGCAGGGCCCCCAGCAGUGCUCCCCUCUGAGGAAAGGGCAGGUCCCUUGGCCAGGGCGGAAGGAAUCUCUCUUCGGUGCCAUGGCUCAGUGACUGCGCGGUGCUGCCUGGCAGCCGCAGGCCAGGAACACGCAGAAAGCUGCUUCGUGCCGCCACGGAGCCUUUCAGUGAAAUCGGUUCAGGUUCCUCCUCAAACCCCUCUUCUCUGUGCGAGUAGAGUGGCUGAAAUCAUCGCUGUCCCCUGGCUGCUGCUCUGCCCGCGGGCCUGGCCCUGCAAGGACUUGGACUGGCUCUUGGCCAGGGUUUGCGCGUUGCUCCUCUGUACGCCCACCCCCUGCAGACACCAUGGGACUUGCCAGCUCCUGCCUGUCAAAUACGCGGUGGCUGUUUCUCCUUCCCGCGGGUCAGCACGUCACUUGACGUACGUUUCCCCAGCGGCGCUUCCCGCCCCGGGGCCCCUCGCGCUCACACCGCCGCUCGCUUGGCGUAGCCUGGCUUGCAAGGAAACACCCCGUGAGCCGCAGGCCGGAGCUGGCCCUGGGGAAAGCUUCGUUCCUGGGAGCUGGUCGUGGUGCUGCCCUGCUUCCAGGCCCAGGUUGGCGCUGGAUCCCUGGUCUCCUGGCCGUGCUUUGUGUCAGUUUGAUGCCAUGGUUGCUUUCUCUGAGCUGCUUCCGGUGACCAACUUCAUCCCUGGCUGCUGGGAAACCAUUGUAGGAGCCUGAGCCGAAGGUCUGCCGUAGCCGAGUGCCGGGAAGUGAUUGGGCUGAGUCAGUGACGGGAGCCACCCCUGCUCGGUCUCCCACAUGGUGCUCCCCAGCCAACCAAUCCAGGGCUGAGGAACCCCCCGUCGAGCUGGCCUUUGACGACACCAUUGUACUCGGGCAGGGCAGGGCUCACCGGGGAGUGUGGGGCCAGUUAGGCCUAGAAAGGGGCCAUCAGGGUGCUGCUUGAUUGCCUCUGCAGUGCUGAGUGCAGCAGGCCGAGCCUCAUGAGCCGUAACCGCCACAGCCCCAGGUUUAAAAUAGGAAAGACCUCCAGAGGCCUCCCCCCAAAUGUGACUCAAAGGAAGCUGUCUCGCUGGCCAGACCGGGCCUAGCCUGCGUUAGCUGCUUUCUUCGGCCCCACGUUUCUGGCAGCGCCCAGGCAGGAGGGGAGGGACAGAGCAGACUAGCUUUCUGCUGCUUGCACGCUGCCCCUCACCCAUCAACUCUCCGCCCCCGCUGACUGGGACUGCUGCUCUGGCCUUCGUCCCUUUGCUCCCCUGAUUGCUCCGGGGAGCCCCAAGCCAAGACUCCAGCACUGCCCUGUCCGGAGGUGCUCUGCCCCAGCCCGCCCUUGGAGGUGGGAUCCAAGGAGAUCCCUGGUGCCCUGGACUCCAGUUCUCCACGCCAUUGCAGAACUCCACCGUGGCACGCCAGGCCGUGGCCUUGCCUACUGAGUGCUUGCUGGCUAGCAUGUUUUUCUUUGCCUGAAAGAAAGCAGCUGCGGGAGCAGCAGUGUUCACUCGCCCCAUUUCACCUGCAGUUCUCAGUCGGUUUUCUGCUCAGCCCAGCUACAGCCCCUUGAGCGCUGUAAGUUUCCUAGUCCUCUCGUUGGCAUUAGGCUGAGGGCACUUGGCAACCUCCCCUUGGCUUCAUUUUGCUGUGUUAAUGACAAGCCUUGUCCUCCCCUAGGGAGGAGAGCUGAGGGCAAAGCAGCAGAAUGGGAAGGAUCUGUAUGGCAUGGCCAUACCUAUAGGCCAUUGACUCAGCUAAAAACCAAACUGACCAGCAUUGCUCCAUUAAUGUCCCAAACCACUCUUACUGCCGUGUGUCCUGUUAGUCCGUGGCUAGCUGCUGCUGCCACCUGGGGUCUGUCUGGCCAGUGGUUCUGUACCAAGAAAACAUUCGAAGACUGGUUACACUUAGGGGUUCAAGAAAUAGUACCCGGUGCCUUCGAACCCUGUAAGCAGAACAUGGUGGUGAGAAUGGAGUCUCUUCUGCCCUUGUGCGAAGGACUGGAAAGACGGGUGCGUCUGACAGUCUGGCGGGGUCUGAGCUGAAAGUGAAAGAGCCAGCUGUGUGGUUUGUCCAUCUUCAUACUGUCUGCUUACAGAUGCUGAGGGGAGAAACCCGCCAGCCGCUGGAACUGUGGCAACUCACUAACCUCUAGCAUGGCCUUCCGCUGGGACGCCCAGCGUGAGAAGUGGCCAUCUGAGCACAGUGUCUCCCCCAGGCCUUCAUGAGGCGCCUUGCAAAGCGCUGGGCGGGAGCGUGGGGAUGCUGAGCUCACCUGGCCUUCUGCAGUGGCUUCAGAGUGUGAUGCUGGAGAGGAGGAGGAGUCAGUUUUGCAAGUAGCAGGACACUGAUUCCUUUAAAAGGAAGCCUACUUGGUUUAACCUCAAAAUCCCUGUUAGGCUGGCUUCCUUCUCCACGCAGCCUGCUGGAAGGAGUCCCAGAACGCAGUGUGUCUGACUCGCAUGCAGCACAUCUGGACUCCACACCUUGCCACGGGCAGGGCCACUAGUGUGUGUGAUAGUCAUGUGCAGCAAGCCUUGCUCAGACGUCCAGCGCAGGGACGUUACCACUGUAGAUCUGUUGUCCAUCUGUGUCAUUGUAUUGUUGGGUUCUAGGUUUUAUAUGAAGACAAACGACAUGUAAAUAGCCUUUUUUGGAAUGAACUGCAAUGUGCGCAACCUCAUCAACUAUUUUAUGGUACUAAUGCACCACUAAUAAACCUGGACAUGAAAGCA